CAGAGCUCCGCCCCCUCCUCCUCCAGUUCCGGUUCAGACCUUCAUGGCGGCUGUUGGAUGACAGAAAGGAAAUAUUUCGAUUAAACUCAAAUCUCAAACCAUUUAUUGGACAAACGAACCCUGCGACGUCAGAAUAAUGCAAACUACUGAUAAACGUUUAGGAGCCAGUAAAUCCAUUUGAAGUUGGCAGACAGCCGCAGUUCUCUUCAGGAUGCUGUUGUCUAUCAAACCAAAUUGAAGGAUCACCUGAGAAAUGGAUAAGUUUGGGAUGAGUUUUGGAGGCGGUCCCAGCAGGAAGGAGCUGCUGGACACCAUUGAGUCCCAGAAAAAGCAGCUCAGCCAGUACCAGACCCGCCUUAAAGAUGUUGUCCGAGCUUACAAGAGCCUUCUGAAGGAGAAGGAGGCUUUAGAAUCCAGCCUUAAGGUUUUGUCAGUGUCCCAGGAGGUUGACCUGAACCAGCAUGGCGGCCAGUCCAAAGCGCUGUUGUCAGAUGACCAUUCCUCACUCCACAGCGAGGACAGUCUUGAGACAGGGGCCUCAUUGGACAUGUCAGAGACCGGUAAAGGUGAUCAGAUUCAGGACAACCCGGAGGAGCCAGCAGGAUCGAUUCGCUCCGAGGCUAGUGGUUCGGAAACUAGCAGCGUGGGGGCCGAGCAGCCUCCUGCUGCAGAGUCGGACCGCAGAGUCGUUCAGCUGAGGAGCCAAUUGAGCACGCUCACAAAUGCCCUGGCCACAGUCACUCAGGAGAAGUCUCGGAUGGAAGCCAACUUCCAAGCAGACAAGCGUCAGCUGAAACAGGAAGUCGAGGAGCUUCAAGAGCAUAUCUCUGCCUUAGCCACACAGCAGGACGCCGAGCUCCGCAACUUGCAGCAACAGCUGGCUGAGAGUCGCGCUCGCGUAAUCACUCAGCAGCACGAGAGGGAGCAGGAACAGGGGGAUCAGCUGCAGCAGCUGAGGGAGCUUCAGAAGCUCCUCCAGCAGGAACGCGAUCUACGACAGGAUGCGGAGCUCCGCCUUCACGACGCCAACACAGCACUCCUGGUCACAUCUCAGGCUGUUGACAGAGGAGCGGAGUCUGAGGCGCACCUCAUUCAGGUGAGGGAUGAGAGGGACGAGCUGAAAAAGAAGCUGCAAGCUGCUCAGGAGGAGCAGACAAAACCAGAUCCGAGAGUGGCAGAGCUGCAGCAGGAACUAACCCAGCUGAAGACUCACUUCCAGCAGGAGCUCGACCACGAGACCAUGAAGGCUUGCAAAGUUGAGGAGCGAGCUCAUGAACGGGCCCAGGCUGCUGAGACUCGGGUUGCUGGUCUGGAGCAGCGUUUGUCAGAGAUGUCGGACCUUCUGGGCACGUGUGAGAAAACCAGGCAAAGGGACCAGCAGUUGGUGCAACGACUGAGAGAGCGAAUCACACAACUAGAUAUGGAGAACAAAACACUGGCUCUUGCGGCAGCCAGCAGGUCGACCUCUGACCUCUGCUUGGAUGAGUCUCAGCUGGAUGUGCCGCUGUUGAAGGAGAAGCUUCAGCAGGUGAAGAAGCUGCUGAAACUGGCUGCUCAGAAGAAUGCAGACCAGGUGCCCAACAUCCAAGACAGCACUGAUGCGGAGGUUGAGUCCGGCGGGCACAACGCCACUGUAGAAGCAUAUCAGCAGGAGCUUCGGCAGCUGAGGGACGAGUUCGAACGCUACAAGGUGCGUGCUCAGGUUGUGCUGAAGAACAAGAACACCAAAGAUGGUUGCCAGGCCAAAGAACUGGAGGAAGUGCGGGACCAGCUGGCUGAGUUGAAGGAGAAGUACAUCAACCUACGGAUCCAGUGUGAUGAGGCGGAAACCAAACAUCGGCAGCAGCUGGAUGACUGCCAGCAACAGGUGAUAGCGGUACAGCACAGUCACAAACAGGAAGUGGACCGCUUGGAGACGCUACACAGGGACGAGCUGCUGCGGUUCGAGUCUGAGCUGCACAAGCAGAGGGAGAGAACGAUGGCCCUGCUGGAGGAGAAGGACCAGGAGCUGGAGCGACUGCGGGCCUCGACGCUAAGUCUGGCAGCAAGACGCAGUAGUGAUGUUGAUAAAGUGGCUGAGGGCAGUUUGUCUGAAGAAGAGAGCGAGGGCGACUUGAUCAGCCAAGCGCUCCGACUGACUGCGCCCACUGAGCCCACGCUGCUGCUCUACGCCGAACAGCUUGCUCGAAAAGAGGUGGAGGCCAGUGGCCUCCGGCGGCAGAAGAACCAGCUAGAGGAGGACAUUCACCAGCUGCAGGCCAAACUCAUCGCCAACGCGGAGCGACACGACGAGGAGGCAUCUCAGCUGAAGGGACGGAUCGACAAACUGACCCGAGACCAGAACAGGGAGGGCGCCAACCUGGAGUACCUGAAGAACAUCAUCUACAGGUUCCUGACGCUGCAGGAUGCAAGUGGGAAGCAACAGACGCUCACCGCCAUUCUGACCAUCCUGCACUUCAGCCAGCAGGAGAAACAAGUCGUCAUGAGGCAGCAGGUGGCACCAUGGUGGAAUACCAGCAAAAGAGCCUGAUGGUUUGAUGCCUGAUGAUGAACUCUUCCCUACAUUGUGUAUCACAAAUGCUAGGUUUCUCUGCUGAUCAUUUGAAGUCUGUAUACAGAUUAAGGUUUGGUGACAGAAUGAUUUGAGAAUAGUUUUCUCUGAGCGCAAUUUCCUCCAUAUUUAU